UCCGGUUGUGUUGUUGUUUUUUUUUUAUCAAACACACCAAAACCGUGUGAGGGGGGAGAAAAACAAAACACAUAACCCCCGUGUGUCAAUGUUACACAGCUGACUGUUUUACAAUGUGAUACAAUGCUGCAGUCGACCAAGAGUCAAACAACAGCUUCUUUGGUGAGGAGGAAGUCGCCAGGAGAGACCCUCGCUGAACUGGAGCCGACAGCAGACAGACCCCACCAGCAGCUACGUCUUAUCCCAGGGCUCCACAAAAUGCCAGUCUUUGCACCCCACCCACAUGAAGCCAACUUCCUCACCAGCAGCAGCAGCAGCAGCGGCGGCAGCAGCAGCACCCACAGAGGACGCCACCCGUAACGCUCCUUUUUUUUUUUCUCACUGUGCUGGGCUCGGGUAGCCCACCCAUGCCUGUGAUCCCCAUUCCACGGCGGGUGCGCAGCUUCCAUGGCCCCCACACCACCUGCAUGCACUCGGCCUGCGGGUCGACGCACGCUUCCAAGCUAGUGCGCACAAAGUACAACAACUUCGACCUGUACCUGCGCUCGCGCUGCAUGUACAGCUUCCUCCGUUUCCUCCUCUACUUCGGCUGCAGCCUGCUCACCUCGCUGCUCUGGGUGGCGCUCUCCGCCCUCUUCUUCCUGCAGUACGUCAGCGUGCGCGUUCUUCUGCGGCUGCAGUACAAGCUGUCCGUCAUCCUGCUUCUGUUGGGGCACAGGCGGCUGGACUUCGGGGUGCUCAAUGACCUGAUCAUCUACAGCAUGCAGAUCACGAUGUUCCUGGUUGGGGGGCUUGGCUGGUGCUUUAUGGUGUUUGUGGACAUGUAGCUGCCUUGUAAGUGACAUGAGAAAUGUAGUGAGUGAUGUGGAUGCUUCACACUGUGAUUUCUGUGUGGUAUAAUAGGACAUCAUAAAACAUGUAGCUAGUCCCGUGGGACUACUCUGUGUGGCUCUUGGGGAACCUUUGGACGUAAAAUCAAAAUCUGGGUAAUUAAAAAUAUGUUAAAAUGUCUCUGCACACAUGUGAAAUAAUGUGUUUAACAUCUGUGUCCUUCAGACUUUUAAGUCAUCAUGUUUGGCUCUCUAAUCAAAUCUCUAUUUUCAUGCCAGUAGUUAACUGUUUUCUCAAACUUCAAAGGGAAUCAUGACUAUACACUCAUUUGCUAACAGCACCAGGGGGUGAAAAAAAUGGAAAACUGACUUUAACACAUGACUAAUGUGCAUCAUGGCUGUGUGAUGCAAGACAGUCAUUUGUGCCAAAACAUAAGUAGAGCUACACAGUUGCACCAUGGUUCCCUGGCUGGAAUUAUUUAGGUAAUGGUGCGUUCCAUUUACCUCGUAACUUCACACCUGAGUAAACCGCAUUCCAGCUACGAGUUGGCAACAAGUCAACAAAGCGACGUGAACGCCUUCGGGGGUUCCUUUGAUUUGUUUGCGAUUACACAGCGAUUACACAGCGAAAGUUAGAACUUUAAAUCCCACCGAAACAAAACAAAGGUGCCAAUAAACACUAACUUUACUGUUUAUGCACGUAGCAGCCGUGAAGGAUUUUAUCUCAGGCUGCUGAAGUUCCUCCGAGGUUCUGAGUCAGACUUCAGGAGGGCGUUCCUGAUGACAUGUCAGACUGUUCAGCUCAGAAUUCCCGACUUCCGAGGUGAAAUGGAACGCACCAUAAAAUCAUGUAAACAUACAUGUAUGUACCAAGGAGACUAAGUUGAUACCCGAUAACUUGUGGUGGAUAAAGUGACCAAAAGAUUAGUUGUCAACAGUGUGUGUGUGUGUGUGUAAUGUGCUUCAUGUGCAAAGGAAAGGGGGGCGGAAUUAAAAAAAAAAAUAAAGUGACAAG